UCUCAAGCCAAGCGGCAUUGAGAUUUCAGCUACAGUGUGAGAGAGUGUAAGAUGGGCAGCUCCUGCUGAAAAUAACAUGCAGUCCUCAGAGCGCACGGUGUUUUUUGUCGCCAGGGUGAAAAUCUAACUGAGGUCUAGCGAAAGCAUCGGUGGAAUUCACUGUUAAAAGAGGGAUUGUACCAGAAGCAAGAGCGAGCGGAGAGAGGAGAUUUGAACGCGCUGCUGCGGGAGACCAGCGGACGACUGACUGAGAGGUCUAUUCAACAACAUUUCUUUGUUUCUCCGUCUAACUCCGGUUUUUUCGUCUUUAAUAUGGCGAGCGAUUCCCCGGCUCGGAGUCUGGAUGAAAUAGACCUCUCCACUUUAAGGGACCCUGCAGGAAUUUUUGAGCUGGUGGAGCUGGUGGGCAAUGGCACGUAUGGUCAGGUGUAUAAGGGCCGACAUGUCAAAACAGGUCAACUGGCUGCUAUCAAGUGCAUGGAUGUCACAGGGGAGGAAGAGGAGGAGAUCAAAGCGGAGAUCAACAUGUUGAAGAAAUACUCUCACCACAGGAACAUCGCCACCUACUAUGGUGCCUUUAUUAAAAAGAACCCACCCGGCGUGGACGACCAGCUGUGGCUGGUGAUGGAGUUUUGUGGCGCAGGCUCAGUGACGGACCUGAUCAAGAACACCAAAGGAAACUCGUUGAAGGAAGACUGGACUGCCUACAUUAGCAGAGAGAUCCUCAGGGGGCUCACUCAUCUUCACCAACACAAAGUCAUCCACAGAGACAUCAAAGGCCAGAACGUGCUGCUAACAGAGAACGCUGAGGUCAAACUAGUGGACUUCGGUGUGAGCGCACAGCUGGACCGAACCGUCAGCCGCAGGAACACUUUCAUCGGCACCCCUUAUUGGAUGGCACCAGAGGUCAUUGCUUGUGAUGAGAAUCCUGACGCCACAUAUGACUAUAAGAGUGACCUGUGGUCUUUGGGAAUCACGGCCCUUGAAAUGGCUGAAGGAGCUCCACCCCUUUGUGAAUUGCACCCAAUGAGAGCCCUGUUUCUGAUCCCCAGAAAUGCUCCUCCCAGGCUCAAGUCCAAGAAGUGGACUAAGAGAUUCCACUCGUUCAUCGAAAGCUGUUUGGUAAAGAACCACAACAUGAGGCCUGGUACAGAUCAGCUCCUCAAACACCCCUUUAUCCGGGACAUGGCGAACGAGAGAACGAUCCGCAUCCAGUUGAAGGAUCACAUCGAUCGCACCAGGAAGAAGAGAGGAGAGAGAGAUGAGACGGAGUAUGAGUACAGCGGGAGUGAAGAGGAGGAAGAGGCCAUGCUUGAGAUUGGAGAACCCAGCUCCAUUAUCAACAUACCCGGCGAGUCGACUCUACGGCGGGAUUUCCUGCGCCUGCAGGUGGCCAAUAAGGAGCGUUCAGACGCCCUGCGUAGACAACAGCUUGAGCAGCAGCAGAACGAGGGACACAAACAUCAACUGCUGGCAGAGAGGCAGAAACGCAUCGAGGAACAGAAAGAACAGAGGCGCCGAUUAGAAGAGCAACAGCGACGGGAACGUGAAGCAAGAAAACAGCAGGAGCAAAGACAUCGCUAUGAGGAGCUCCGGCGAGAGGAGGAGAGGAGACAGGCUGAAAGAGAGCAGGAGUAUAUCCGUCGUCAGUUGGAGGAGGAACAGAGACAACUCGAGAUCCUACAACAACAGCUCUUGCAAGAGCAGGCGCUCCUACUGGAGUAUAAACGUAAACAGGUGGAGGAACAAAGACAGGCGGAUAGAUUGCAGAGGCAGCUCCAGCAAGAAAGAGCUUACCUCGUCUCUCUCCAACAACAGCAACAGCAGCAACAACAAGACUCCAGACCUGAAGAGAAGAAGCAACUUUACCAUUACAAAGAUGCUGUCAACCCCAGCGACAAACCAGCGUGGGCUAAAAAGAUCCAUGGACCGCCCCAGAUAAAGAUCCAACCCAGCAACCGCAAGCAGUCCACACCCCUCUACUAUAAGUUGGACAACCUAGGGAUCCCCAUAGGCCGCGCUAUACUGAAUCCCUCAAUUAAUCAAAGUGUCAUGCAGCCUUUAAAGCCGCAGAAGCAGAACCUGAUACAGCGACAAUCGAUUUCACCACCCCCCCAAUACAGUGCAAAAAAAAUUAGUAUGGGACCUCGCCCAGGCUUUUCCCGUCCUCCUUAUAAGCGGGUUGAGGAGCGAUCUAAACUGAACCGCCAGAGCUCUCCUGCCCUACAGCAUAAAGUGGCCAAUCGUAUCUCUGACCCUUCCCUCCCGCCUCGCUCUGAGUCCUUCAGCAGUGGAGGAAUGCAGCCAGCACGCACCCCUCCUAUGCACCGCCCUGUGGAGCCCCAGAUGGCUCAUUUGGUUCCAGUGAGGUCCCAUAGCUCCUCUAUGUCAGUCUCGCAGUCUUUGCAUGAUCAAUCUGCAAAGGGUGUUUCAGCCUUCCAGGAAAGCCUGGUGUCCAAUCGACCAGAGAUGCCUCGACAGAACUCCGACCCGACUUCAGAGAUGCCCCCUCCUGCCCCUCGCAUGGCCAGCCAUGAGGAAAAACCUGACCGCAGUUCCCCCUGGCUGAGGGAAGACGCCGUUCCUCCCAAGUUGUCCGGUACUACCCAGGUGCCCCAGAGGACCACUUCUAUCUCCCCUGCUCUUGCUAGGAAAAACUCUCCUGGAAACGGAGAGUCCAGUGGAGGGGGGCGGUCGGCCUCUCAGCUCAUUCGCACCAGUAAUCCAGACCUGAGGAGGACAGAGUUGUCUCUGGAUGUGGCCCUGCAGAGAACCAGCAGCAACAGCUCCUCCAGCUCCAGCACACCCAGCUCUCAGGGUGGAUCCCAGCCUGGAUCCAGUGAGAGGAACCAGCCAAGAGGAUCUGGUAAAUCAGAGGGAUCUCCAGUGGCAUUACAGGAAACCUCCAAGCCCAUUCAGGAGGAAGGCAGAGAGCUAAGCAAACCCAGUCGGCCUGCAGAUCUGACUGCCCUGGCUAAAGAACUGAGGGAGCUGCGAAUAGAUGAGGUCAGUCGACCCCCUCUUAAACUCACAGACUACUCCUCUUCUAGUGAGGACUCUGAUAGCAGUGAGGAUGAGGAUGGUACGGUGGGACACGACGGCACUGUGUCAGUCAGUGACAUACCCAGGAUCAUGCCAUCCGUUCAAGGAAAUAAUGAGUCGUUCACGAGCAGCCAUGAUGAUUCCCUCACUGACUCCUACAAUGAUGAGUCUAAAGAUGGGACACUGAGGAUGCGAGAGAACAAUGAGAGGCAACGCUUAGGCCAUGGCGAGAGCAAUGGCUUUGCAGGCCAUGGAAACCUACCAGACCUCCUGCAGCAGAGCCACUCUCCAUCCGGAACUCCAACAGGCCUCAAUUCCCAAGACCUGGACUCUAUGGAUGAGUUUGGUCUUGGCGGUGGUUCGAAAGCUUCUUUCACUCCUUUUGUGGACCCACGAGUGUAUCAAACCUCCCCCACAGACGACAACGAUGAGAGCUCAGCAGCCGCUAUGUUUGCGAAUGAGCUGUUGCGUCAAGAGCAGGCCAAACUGAAUGAGGCCCGCAAGAUCUCUGUGGUGAACGUCAACCCCACCAACAUCAGACCUCACAGCGACACGCCAGAGAUCCGCAAAUACAAAAAACGCUUUAACUCCGAGAUCUUGUGUGCUGCUCUAUGGGGUGUUAACCUCUUGGUGGGCACUGAAAAUGGUCUGAUGCUGCUGGAUCGUAGCGGUCAGGGCAAGGUUUAUAACCUCAUCACCCGCAGACGCUUCCAACAGAUGGAUGUGCUGGAGGGUCUAAAUGUCCUGGUCACCAUAUCAGGGAAAAAAAAUAAGCUCCGUGUGUACUACUUGUCAUGGCUAAGAAACCGAAUACUGCACAAUGACCCGGAGGUGGAGAAGAAGCAGGGCUGGAUCACUGUUGGUGAACUCGAAGGCUGCAUCCACUAUAAAGUUGUGAAAUACGAGAGAAUCAAAUUCCUGGUGAUUGCACUGAAGAACUCGGUAGAGAUUUACGCAUGGGCCCCCAAGCCGUACCAUAAAUUCAUGGCUUUCAAGUCGUUCACAGAGCUGCAGCACAGACCUCAGCUGGUGGACCUCACAGUAGAAGAGGGUCAGAGGUUAAAGGUCAUCUACGGCUCUAGUGUGGGCUUUCACGUCAUCGAUGUGGAUUCCGGAAGCCCCUACGACAUCUACAUACCGUCACAUAUUCAGAGCACUGUGACUCCUCAUGCCAUCGUGGUGCUUCCGAAGACUGAUGGCAUGGAGAUGCUGCUGUGUUAUGAAGAUGAGGGCGUUUAUGUCAAUACCUACGGCAGAAUCACCAAGGACGUUGUCUUGCAGUGGGGAGAGAUGCCCACCUCUGUUGCUUAUAUUCAUUCCAACCAGAUCAUGGGCUGGGGAGAGAAAGCCAUUGAGAUCCGCUCUGUGGAAACUGGUCACCUGGAUGGGGUUUUCAUGCACAAGAGAGCUCAGAGACUCAAGUUCUUGUGUGAGAGGAACGACAAGGUGUUCUUCGCCUCAGUGCGGUCAGGUGGCAGCAGUCAAGUGUUCUUCAUGACCCUGAAUAGGAACUCUCUGAUGAACUGGUGAAGCUCCUGCACAAGCAACACUGUGGAGUCUUUCUCCUCGUCAGCAUUGCAUCUGUGAGCGCACGGUACAUUGACACUUUGGUCUGAAAAAGAUUAACAAAUUAUUAUAGAGACUCUGGAGGAUCGAACCCGGAGACGUGGGUCUGUCCUGUAAGCAGAGAGCACUGGCUCAUGGAGGUGCUGUAUCUGACGUCACCUGCAGUGGCGCGCAGCUCCCAAAAGAGGGCGCCGAUUAACUUGAACUCGGUUUUAGACCUUAUUUGUGGCCUCUGGUAAAAAAAGUUGAAAAAGCCUGUCCUUUUUAGGAUCCUCCCCGUUUCCGUUUCCAAUCCCUGGUUACCCCUAUUGGCUUUCAGUUUCCUGCUGAGUUUUUAGUCAAUUGCAUGAUUGUAAAGAAAUGGGCGGUAUUUAAAACGUGAGGAUAACAUUAGCAAAGCACUCAGGCUAAGACCAAGCUUUAGUCUCUUGAUGUUUCACUUUAAGAUAUUGGCAAACAUUUCUGCCACUUACACAAGUAUCCGUGAUGCCCGUUGAUUUUAUUUUUGUGUCCGGUUUCUGACGUACUUAAAAGAAACAAACAAACACUGGUGCUCAUUUGUAUAUUGUCGACAAGAUCCAUAUACUGUACAUUUAUCCAAAGUACUGUAUUUCGAAGUAUGGUUCAGUUUGUUUUAUAGCUUUGAGGUCGGAAAGCUGAUUAUGAUUGGAUCUUUAAGUUGCGAACCAUGUUUUUUUUUUUUUUAACGUCUUUUUUGGUCCUUUUUUGGAAUGUUUGAAACAGGAACAUGAACGUUACCUGAGUGAAAUCCACAGUAGCCACACGCUUCCCUUCACUGGUUGCAUGUUUUGUAGACACUGGAUGUGUAUGUCGGAGCAACAUGAUAUCUGAAAUCAAGAAAUGAAAAAAUAAUAAAAAAUAAGGAUAAAAGCACCUGUAUUUCAGUGACCAUUGAGAAUUGAUGAGGACUUCUGUUUUAUUCUAGUGCCGAGCACAAAUUUAAACGUGAAAUCAAGCAUUAGAAACACACAAUUUUCUAUUUUUUUUGUUUCUAAUACUUAUAAUUUGUAGCCUGUAAGUCUCUUUUUUUGAUCACUGUUUGCUUGCAGUUAUAUUUUGCAGUGUUUAAUCAGUCAAAUUAACCCGGGGCUUAAAACAUUCCACAA